CUCGAGCAGCAGCACAUCACCGCUGUUGAGGGUAUCGUGCCCACCCUUCAGAACAUUGUGGCAACAGUCAAUCUUGACUGCCGCCUUGACCUCAAGACGAUUGCACUGCACGCUCGGAACGCCGAGUACAAUCCCAAGCGUUUCGCAGCCGUCAUCAUGCGCAUUCGCGACCCGAAGACGACUGCGCUCAUCUUCGCAUCGGGCAAGAUGGUCGUCACGGGUGCGAAGUCUGAAGACGACUCGCGUCUCGCGUCUCGGAAGUACGCUCGCAUCGUGCAGAAACUCGGCUUCGACGCCAAGUUUUCCGAGUUUAAGAUACAGAAUAUUGUCGGCAGCUGUGACGUCAAAUUCCCGAUCCGUUUAGAGGGUCUUGCGUACAGUCACGGACAGUUUAGCAGUUAUGAGCCAGAGCUCUUCCCUGGUCUCAUCUAUCGCAUGAUCAAGCCGAAGGUCGUGCUCCUGAUCUUUGUAUCAGGCAAGAUCGUGUUGACUGGUGCAAAGGUCCGAGAAGAGAUCUACACGGCGUUCAACACAAUCUACACUGUGCUUUGCGAGUUCCGCAAGCCGUGA